GAGCGGGGCGGCACCUCCCAGUAGCUUCCCGUGGAGUCGGUGUCCGCCUCGUGCGCCUCGGAGGCUCGGCAGCAGGAGCAGAGACGAGCGGCAGUACGCGCGGCGGAGGCGCCCAGACGCUCAGCAGCGGCGCGAGCGGCGGCGGCGGCGGCAGCAGCACGGCCACCGGCGGGAGCGGCAGCAGCACCGGCAGCCCCGGCGGCUCAGGCCCUGCCCCGGCCGGCAUGUACCGCUCCGGGGAGCGCCUGCUGGGCGGCCACGCUCUGCCCACGGAGCCGCGGGACUUCCUGCCCCUAGAGACAACCAACAACAACAACAACCACCACCAGCCGGCGGCCUGGGCUCGCCGGGCUGCCGUGGGCCCGUCGGCGUCCUCGUCCCCCUCGGCGUCCUCGUCCCCGCACCCGUCGGCCUCCGUCCCCGCCGCCGAGCCUGCGGACCCGGCCUCGGGCAGCAGCAACAAGAGGAAACGCGACAACAAGGCCAGCACCUACGGACUCAACUACACGCUGCUGCAGCCCAGCGGAGGGCGCGCCGCGGGUGGCGGUUGUGCUGACGGUAGCGGGGGCGUGUACAGCGGGACCCCGUGGAAGCGGAGGAACUACAACCAGGGAGUCGUGGGUCUGCAUGAAGAAAUCAGUGAUUUUUAUGAGUACAUGUCUCCCAGACCUGAGGAGGAAAAGAUGCGGAUGGAGGUGGUGAACAGGAUCGAGAGUGUGAUUAAGGAGCUCUGGCCCAGUGCUGAUGUCCAGAUAUUUGGAAGUUUUAAAACUGGCCUGUAUUUACCUACUAGUGACAUCGAUCUUGUGGUGUUUGGGAAGUGGGAGAAUCUACCCCUCUGGACCCUGGAAGAAGCACUUCGGAAACACAAAGUCGCCGACGAGGAUUCAGUGAAAGUUCUAGACAAAGCAACAGUACCGAUUAUUAAAUUAACAGAUUCUUUUACUGAAGUGAAAGUUGAUAUCAGCUUUAAUGUCCAGAAUGGCGUGAGAGCAGCGGACCUCAUCAAAGACUUUACUAAGAAAUAUCCUGUAUUGCCAUACUUGGUUUUAGUAUUGAAACAAUUCUUAUUACAGAGGGACCUUAAUGAAGUGUUUACUGGUGGAAUUGGUUCUUAUAGUCUCUUUCUAAUGGCAGUCAGUUUCCUUCAGUUACAUCCCAGGGAAGAUGCUUGCAUCCCCAAUACAAACUAUGGUGUUCUCUUAAUAGAGUUUUUUGAAUUAUAUGGACGACACUUUAAUUAUUUAAAGACUGGCAUUCGGAUAAAAGAUGGUGGUUCAUAUGUGGCCAAAGAUGAAGUACAGAAAAAUAUGCUAGAUGGCUACCGGCCAUCAAUGCUUUAUAUUGAAGAUCCUUUACAACCAGGUAAUGAUGUUGGAAGGAGUUCCUAUGGGGCCAUGCAAGUGAAACAGGCCUUUGAUUAUGCCUAUGUGGUAUUGAGUCAUGCUGUUUCGCCAAUUGCAAAGUACUAUCCCAACAAUGAAACAGAGAGCAUAUUAGGUAGAAUAAUUAGAGUGACGGAUGAAGUUGCCACUUACAGAGAUUGGAUAUCAAAGCAGUGGGGCUUGCAGAACCGGUCUGAGCUGUCAUGCAACGGAAAUGGUGUUACCUUGAUAGUAGAUACUCAGCAGUUAGAUAAAUGUAAUAAUAAUCUGUCUGAAGAAAAUGAAGCCCUUGGAAAAUGUAGAAGUAAAGCCUCGGAAUCUCUUAGUAAACACUCUUCAAACUCUUCAUCAGGUCCAGUGUCCUCCUCCUCCGCCACGCAGUCCAGCUCUAGCGACGUCGAUUCCGAUGCAACACCAUGCAAAACCCCAAAACAGCUACUCUGUCGUCCGCCCACUGGCAACCGAGUAGGCUCACAGGAUGUCUCCUUGGAGGCCUCACAGGCAGUUGGGAAAAUGCAGAGCACCCAAACCACUAACACACCCAACAGCACCAACAAAUCCCAGCAUGGAUCAGCAAGGCUCUUCCGUUCUUCCAGCAAAGGCUUCCAAGGUACAGCUCAAACAAGCCACGGUUCCUUGAUGACAAGCAAACAGCAUCAAGGCAAAUCCAAUACUCAGUAUUACCAUGGCAAAAAGAGGAAACACAAGAGGGACGCGCCCCUCUCUGACCUUUGUAGAUAGUUGGCGCUGUGCGAUGGACUGUCUUCUGUGUGCAAUGAUCUCAUGCUCAGGACAGGCACAGGGACUCCUGGGACAUCAGGAGCCUCACACUGUUGAGACAUUGAUUUAGCAACUGCGUUUUUUCCCAGCUCGCCACGGAAUGGAUCAUGAAGACUGACAACUGC